GCUUCUAACUGGCCAGCCGCGGGCAGGGCGGUACCGCAGUGACGUCACUCCUUCAGCGGCCAUUUGUGAGGUGUUGUGCAGGCAGCUCGUCCCUCAGUCUCCUGUUCGUCUCCGGCAUCAGCAGAGCCUUCUCCCGGUGUCCUCCGCACGUACAGUCUUCCGUACACAGCAGUCAUGGACAGAGAUUACGGGCACGUGUCUUAUGGUCGCAGCAUGGACAACUUUGCAAUGGACAGUGCUUCCGAGAGGUUUGGACCUUAUGAGUCUUUUGACUCCAGGUCUUCUGUGGGUGGGCGAGAUCUGUACAGAUCUGGCUAUGGUUAUAAUGAAUCCGAUCAAGGCUACGGAGAUAGUUAUGAUGGUCGAUAUGAGAACCCAUACCGGAAUAGCGUUGACUCUUAUGAAGGUAGAAACCAGGGCGGGUCUAGCUGGGAGCCGUCUUUCACCCGACCAAAAGUGAGGACUGGGUUUAUGGAGGACAGAGGAAGAGACAAUUACUCUUCCUACAGCAGUUUUUCUUCGCCCUAUAUGAAGCCUGCAAGUGUAGGCUCACGGGGAAGAGGAAUGUCUGCUUACCCCGAAAGUUCAUUUGGCGGCAGAAGCAAUGAUGCUUUUGGAGGACCAUCAGCAGGCAGAGGCCGUGGCAGAGGAGGACAACUUGGCCGUGGUAUGCACAGACCUGGAAUGUUGGACUUUAAGAGCCAACCUAUGCGUGGUGGCGGCAUGGGAAGAGGAAUUAAGAGGAAGAUGGCCCAGCCUUUCAAGCCACCUGUAGGUUUUGGCAAAAAACAAAAGCUGUCAAAACCUGGAAACCAAAAUGCAAAAGCAGCACCGGCACCAGAGCCGGUUGACCCAGAAGAGGAAGAGAAGCGCCGCACAGAGGCUAGGAGAGAGAAACAGAGGCGCAGACGAGAGAAGAACAGCGAAAAAUAUGGAGACGGAAUGGCCUUUACUUGCUCCUUCUGCAAGUACAGAUCCUUUGAAGAAAAAGGUAUUGAAGAACACUUGGAAAGUCAAGCUCAUCAGGGCAUGUUGGAUCAUAUUCAAAAACAAACUAAAUUUGACAAACCAGUCAUGGAAUUCUUGCAUGAAUGCAUUGUUAACAAAUACAAGAAAACAGCUGCACGUAAAAUACAAUCUGUCCAAAGCGGUGAAGCUACAAAAGCUCUAGAGAAGGAUAUUAUGGAGGGUGUUACUCCAGAUGACCAUAUGAUGAAAGUUGAAACUGUGCAUUGCAGUGCUUGUAGUGUGUAUGUUCCUGCGCUGCAUAGCUCUGUUCAGCUUCACCUCAAGUCUUCUGAUCAUACAAAGAGCAGACUGGCCUACAAAGACCAGAUAAAACGGGAAAGCAUUUUGACAGCUACAAGCAUCUUAAACAAUCCCUUGGUAAAGGCAAGAUAUGAACUCUACUUGAAGGGUGAAAAUCCAUUUGAGAUUCAGCCUGAAGAGAGUACAAGUGAAGCUGUCGCUGAAGAUGCAGCUGAAGUUCCCUCUACUGAGGACAGUUCUGCAGCAAAUGAUGCCGCGGUAGCCGAUGCGUCAGAAGAUUUCACAGCAGACCCCCUUGCCUCUACUGAGUAAAACUAGUUGUGAUACUAGAGCAAAUUAAUUCCUUUUUUUUUUUUUUAAACAAAUACUGUUGUGCCAUCCUGUUUUAAACUCUGGCUUGUGGGCAGUGAAAGUCUGAUAUUUGCAAAAGAUGCAUAUUUUUUUUUUAAGUUUUUGCAUCUUCAUACAAUUAAUUCCUCUUGCAUUUUUUAAACUAAAUCUUAAUUUUUAUUUUUUUUUUCAUCAGGAUCCCUCCUGGUAUUUAACUUGUCAGUUUUAUUUUCACUUUCAUUUCUAGAUUGUAAUAUUUUUAUCCUAAAAAUGCUGUGAAGUCUUGGAUGUGUUUGUACAAUGUUGAACAGUUAGUGUUUAUCUUGUAGUUUGUGACACUGAAAUAUUGUGGCAUUGUAAACUCUUUUCUGUUUGCUACUUAGAUACUUGUGUCUCAGAUAACUAAAUAAAUUGUAUAAACUGUU